AUGGCUGACACGGCGGUGGAGCAAUAUCGACUUGACGGAGGAGAAGGGACGGAGGAAGCAGGGUUGAAAGCUAUCGCUACUACGGUAGAUGCCUUGCAUAGUAAUGGAAUAACAUCUCUUGUUAGCCUAAAAGAAGUAAAAAAUGGCCAGCACUUGAACAAAUUUAAUGAAGAUGUAGAUAUUUCGGAUAUCUUGAAAUUUGAUGACAUUGUCAAUAGCUUUGAUGAAAAAUCAAACGGGAAGAAUGAAAUCUUACACGAAAGCGAUGAAAGACAUGUAGAAGAAAGUGGAGAAAGUUCAGCAGAAGUUGUUGGAGAAGUAAUCGAAGAGGAAAUAGUCGAGCUAGAAUUCGAGAAGGUGAAACCAAAGCUUGAUACACAUUCUAUGCAUUGUCCUAAUUGUAAGGCCGAAGUUACCAAAGUAAUUCUUCGUCGAAAAGUGCUCAAUUACCGACCCGUCCAGAAACCAGCUGUUGUAGUGGUAGAGCCACCACAGUCUGAUCCGAAAGAUAUAGUUGGAUGCUUUUCAUGCUUAAGCUUAUUUACUUACUCAGACAAUGGAAGUUUUAACCCAUUUGACAUAUUCCGAAAGAGACCAGCAGCCACGACUGACGCUCCUACACUUUCGUCAAAUGGUGCUGAGAAUGCGGAACUUGUGGUUCAAGAAAAAGACAAUUGUUUGAGCAUGUUUCUGGUUUUCGGAAAGGGACAAAAGGAUAAUAAUGUGAAACAAGAAGCCGAUCCUUCGCAAUCGCAACCAGAUCUGGUACUAAAGCAUAAUCGAGAGUUCAUAGUCCCGGAUCAAGUUCAGCCUAAAUAUGUCACAGGGACAGCGUCCAUAGCAAAAGGUGCUUCUCGAGUACCUUCUUCUGAGCUCGCCCCAUCAUUGAAUGCUGAAGCAGAUGGUCAUGUUACGGUUGACGUGGGGACUGGAACUGAAAUCACAGAUACAGGAAGAGUACAGCUUGGUUAUGAAGGUGUUUUUGCAGAAAUCUUAAAAAGCAUUGUUUAUGGAGGUUUAAUGGAGGUGAUUGCAAGCUCAAGCGUUGUAGCAUCUGCUGCCGCUUCUGAUGCUGCCACGCUAAGUAUCGUAUCUUUGGCAUUGGCAACCCUAAUCGGCGGGGUCUUGGUGAUCGCACACAAUCUUUGGGACCUUAGAAAUGAUUGCCACAAAGAAAGUUCGGCUGAAGUAACAAACAGUGAAGCUACUAACAAGUACAAAGAGCUACUCGGCCGGAUGGAAUAUUUCCCACUCCAUGCAUUUUUUGCAAUAUUAUCCUUCCUUGUAUUCGGAAUGGUCCCACCAAUAGCAUACGGGUAUUCGUUUCACGAGACUAACGAUAAGGACUAUACGCUUGUGGUGGUUUCGGUGGCAUCUCUUCUAUGUGUCUCAUUAUUGGCAUUAUUCAAGGCUUACAUUAACAAGUGCGCAGUUCUAGGGUACUUUAAAACCGUGGUGUACUACAUCACUACUGCAGUAUCAGUGUCGGGUGUGUCUUAUGUUAUCGGGAAUCUGGUCACGAGGUUGAUGGAGGAGUAUGGGUUAUUAGACACGAGUUCAGGUGGUGGUGUGUCCUUCCUCCACCAUGCCACUAUCCCAUCUUUGGCAUCCUUUUGA